CAGGGUGCUUUCCAGGCACAUAAAAGUCUGUGCCAUCUAUCUCUUGGACAUAGCUAAUGGGGAAAAGCCUUUAAGUCUGUAAUUCACAUCUCCUGCCAGCAGAAAAAAGAAGAAACAUGAGCACAGCAGGAAAAGUAAUAAAAUGCAAAGCAGCUGUGCUGUGGGAGCUCAAUAAACCAUUUUCCAUCGAGGAGGUGGAGGUUGCACCCCCUAAGGCCCAUGAAGUUCGUAUUAAGAUGGUGGCCACAGGAAUCUGUCGCUCAGAUGACCAUGUGGUUAAUGGAUCUCUGGUCACACGUCUUCCUGUGGUCUUAGGCCAUGAGGCAGCCGGCAUUGUGGAGAGUGUUGGAGAAGGGGUGACCUCAGUAAAACCAGGUGAUAAAGUCAUCCCACUCUUUGUUCCCCAGUGUGGAAAGUGCGAUGUUUGUAAACACCCGGAAGCCAACCUCUGCCUGAAACACGACCUGAACGGGCCUCAGGGGACCCUUCACGAUGGUACCUGCAGGUUCACCUGCAGGGGGAAGCCCAUCCACCACUUCCUCGGCACCAGCACCUUCACCCAGUACACAGUGGUGGAUGAGAUGUCAGUGGCCAAGAUCCAUGCAGACUCACCGCUGGAGAAAGUCUGCCUCAUUGGCUGUGGAUUUUCUACUGGUUAUGGGUCUGCGGUCAAAGUUGCCAAGGUCAGCCAGGGCUCCACCUGUGCCGUGUUUGGCCUUGGAGGGGUUGGCCUGUCUGUUAUCAUGGGCUGCAAAGCAGCCGGAGCAGCCAGGAUCAUUGCAGUGGACAUCAACAAAGACAAAUUUGCAAGGGCCAAACAGGCAGGUGCCACUGAGUGCAUCAACCCUCGGGACUACGAGAAACCCAUCGAGGAGGUGCUGAAAGAAGUGAGUGGUGGAGGUGUGGAUUUUUCAUUUGAAGUCAUCGGUCGGCUUGACACCAUGAUGUCUGCCUUGUUGUGCUGUCAAGAAGCAUAUGGCGUAAGCAUCAUUGUAGGAGUACCUCCUAAUGCUCAAAAUAUCUCUAUGAACCCCAUGUUGUUGUUGACUGGACGUACCUGGAAAGGAGCUGUUUUUGGAGGCUUCAAAAGUAAAGAAUCUGUCCCCAAACUUGUGACUGAUUUCAUGGCUAAGAAGUUUUCACUGGAUCAAUUAAUUACCCAUGUUUUACCAUUUGAAAAAAUAAAUGAAGGAUUUGACCUGCUUCGCUCUGGGAAGAGUGUCCGCACCAUCCUGACAUUUUGAGACCAUACACACACCUUCACUUGUAGCAGUCUUCUGCCUCCUCUAUCAUCUGAAACAUCAGCCAAACAUCAAUAAUUCUGUUCUUCAGAAGUACUACCAAUAAAUUGCACAUGGGAGCUUUCCAAAAGAAAUAAAAAUUAAUGUGAAAUCAUUUUUCAAGCAAAUUUUUAAAAUGUAAGUGAGAGCUAGAUAAACCGUCACAUGUGUAAUUGAGUCUAAUAAA